AUGGAUCUCGCAAAUACCCUCAUCCGCAGCGUGGCGCGCGCGUUCUACGAAACGCGCCACAUCCUGGUUGUCGAUGCGCUGUUUAUUCAUUCUGUUCUCCACGUCGAAGACCUCGCUUUCCUACUGGGCAUGCAACAGAAAGAUCUCCGAAAGUUAUGCGCCAAGUUGCGCGAAGACAGAUUGAUUUCUGUGUAUGCUUGCUUUACCUUUCCCAAUCCAACCAAAACUAACAACACCCCCCUUGGGAUAGAAACACCCGCGCCGAAAUUCGCGACGGCUCCACGCGCCCCGUCAACCGCGAAUACUACUACAUCCCCCUUCACCCGGUAA